GUUACAUUAUAGACCAGAUCAGAAGUUUGAUGUUCUGAGCCAAAGAUGCCGCUCAUCAAGAGGAUCAUUGAACCUCGGCAUCUGUGUCAUGGGGCUUUACCAGAAGGUGUCACCAGUGAGUUGGAAUGUGUGACAAACAGCACAUUAGCUGCCAUUAUAAAGCAACUUGGCAGUCUCAGUAGACAUGCUGAAGAUAUAUUUGGCGAGCUCUUUAAUGAAGCUAACAAUUUCUGUAUGCGAGUUAAUUGUCUCCAAGAGAGAAUUGAUUGCCUGGCAAUUAAAGUCACUCAACUGGACUCCACUGUGGAGGAAGUGUCACUUCAGGACAUCAACAUGAGGAAAGCAUUUAAGAGUUCAACAACACAAGAUCAGCAGGUGGUUUCACGGAAUACCAUUCCAAAUCCAGUAUUGGAAAUGUUCCAACAAUGUGACAAACCGCCACCACUCAACAUCCUGACACCAUACAGGGAUGACAGAAAAGAUGGGUUGAAAUUCUACACCGAUUCCUCGUAUUUCUUCAAUUUAUGGAAGGAAAAGAUGCUGCAGGCUACAGAGGAUAAAAGGAAGGAGAAACGAAGACAAAAGGAGCAGAAACUGGUGGAAGACGCCACUCGUGAGGUGAAGAAGGUUCGUAAAGCUCGAACCCGACGACCAGAGUGGGAUGUGAUGGGACGCGAUAAAGAGUUUCGAGCUGAUCACAGGUUUUCUCCAUCACCCUAUCACGUAGCAUCUUCUGAAGGUUCAGUGUCACCUGAUACCAGGUCUUAUGUAUCUGAUGUUGGAGAGCUUUCGUAUCCUGCUAGCCCCAAUCAUCCAGUUCAACAGUCAGCCACCUCCGUUUCCUAUGUAGUACCUGAUAACAAAGAGGUCUUGUCAGCUGUAACCCAGGCACAGGAUCGUGCAUACAGACUACCUGCCACAAAUGUUCGGCAAGGCUCACUCACCAGACCACAGCAGCCCCAUCUAACACAGCCUACUGAAGCUACACUGAAUGGACCAAGACCCCAGCUCGUUAAAGACUACAGUGCACAGCCAGUGCAGUUGGCAGAGUACUAUACACCACCUGCUCCUGCUCCUCCUCCACCACCCCCUCCCCUCAUCCCAUCAGCACAAACAGCAUUUGACAGUCCAAUUUCUGCACCUCCACCUCUUGCAGUCAGUUCAGUGGCAGCCGUGGGCCGCACGUAUACCCCUUCCCCUCCCCCGCCUGCACCUCCAUUGUCUUAUACACCACCCCCUCCUGGCCCACCUGCUGCACCCCCUCCUCCUCCACCUGGUCCACCCCUUCUAGCCCCAUCUCCAUUGCACUCUGCUUCACCACCCACUGCAAUUGAAAUAAAGAAAGCCCAAGCAACUCUAAUGCCAAUUAGUGAUGCUCGAAGUGACUUGCUAGCUGCAAUUCGAAGAGGAAUUCAGCUUCGAAAAGUACAAGAACAACGAGAGCAAGAAGCAAAAAAGGAGCCCGUUGGGAAUGAUGUGGCAACCAUUCUGUCCCGUCGGAUUGCAGUGGAAUACAGCGAAUCUGAUGAUGACUCAGAACUGGAUGAGAAUGAGUGGUCUGAUUAACAAGUUGAUUCAGUAAUAUUCUA